AUUUUGAGCAUGGGUUAGAUAUAUUAAAGAUCCAAAGUGACGGGAGCGCGAGAAACCAACAACAAGAACUAUCGAGAUGGCUGAUCGACGGGGGAACGAUGGAUGGCUGUGGUUAGACGCGCGCGGCGUAGGCCUGACGCUCGAGGCUUGCGCAAUAUAUUACUUGCAUUGGCGCCUUCUGGAUUUUGGGGACAGGGAGACGACCCGCGGAAGUCCCUGAUAAUUGACAGUUGGAUACUCGAAUGCGAUGUAGAAGAAGAAAAGGAUGUAGGACUAGACUUGUCGAUAGACCCAUCAACCUUAAAGGGCGGCAAGGGCUCCGAGUAUAAGCUCCAAGGUCACUCGACAAGAGACGUGUACCUUAUGCCGGUCGAGCCUACUUGUGAUAGCGUGAAGACGUCUUUCUGCCAGGGAGAGCAAUGUACCCGUACGACCCACUUAAUUGACAGAAAUCACUUGCAUGAUUGCAUCGUAUCUCCGGUCUCCUGAGUUCACAUGGAUAGAUGAAAUGAAUCCAUAACAAAAAAGGGGAAGUGACGAAGUUCGAGAUCUGUCCGGUCCAAACUUGUGAAUGAAGCCUUUUUU